AUGUCGUCGGACGAGAUUGUAUGGCAGGUGAUCAACCAGCAAUUCUGCUCGUUCAAGUUAAAACUGAGCAGCAAAGAUCAGACCUUUUGUCGCAAUGAGUACAACCUGACCGGGUUCUGCAACCGGCAGUCCUGCCCACUCGCCAAUUCCCGCUAUGCCACCGUCCGACCGGACCCUCAGAGCGGUGCCCUCUGCCUGUUCAUCAAGACCCCCGAACGCAACCACCUGCCUUCGAAGUGGUGGGAAAAGAUCCGUCUGCCCAACAACUAUGGAAAGGCGCUCUUGGCCCUCGACGAGAAAUUGCAAUACUGGCCCAAAUUCUACAUCCACAAAUGCAAACAGAGGCUCACGAGAUUGACGCAAGUCAAGAUCCGCGAAAGAAAAAUCGAAAAGGAAGAUGUGAGACUGGGCGAGAAGAACGUCAGUAGACUGGCGCCAAAGGUCCGGAGGAGGGAGGAGACCCGGGAACGGAAAGCAGAGAGUGCGGCGAAGGUGGAGAGGGAGAUCGAACGGGAACUUAUGGAGCGGCUGACGAGCGGCGCAUACGGUGACCGGCCGCUUAAUAUCGAAGAAGGCCUGUGGAGAAAGGUACUGAGAGGUCUGGAGAGGAAGGAAAAAGGUGAAGAGCUGCUGGAUGAAGAGUUGGAAGAGGACGAGAACGAAGAAAUCGAGGCAGAGGUGGAGUACGUUUCCGAUUUGGACGAGAGCGAGGACGAAUUGGAGCGGGAGAUGGAGGACUUUGACGACUGGCUCGGAGGAGAGAGCCCUGACGAAGAAGACGGAGAGUUCACUGAAGAGUCCGGAGAGGACGAAGACGAGAGCGAAGACAGCGACGAGGACGAGGCCGGAGACGAUGCGUCAGGCAAGAAGAGGAAGCGCCACACAAAACAACCGCCAAAGCCACAGAAGAAGCCUCGCGGCCGGGUGGAGAUUGAAUACGAGACCGAGCUGCCAUUGAAGGAGACGGUGUUGGCCUAG